AUGGAACGCGACUUGCGCCUGAAGGCGUUCAUGGAGGAGUACGCGCGGAUUGUACAGCUCUUCGAGGACAUCGUCUCCAUGAAAGUGAGUGAGAAUGGGAAGUGACGUCGUCUUCUGAUGGAGCAAGUUGCAGGAGUCGAUGGGCCGCCUCGAGAAGUACAUGAUCAUCAUGGUGUGCCAGGUCCUCGUCGCUCUCGUGGUGAGUUAGAAACUAAGCCAAUCAGCAUCUGACUGAGAUGCACUUUCUGCGCAUCCCCCAUGGGGAUUUCAGCCUGAAAGUGCAUUCAUUUCAGCUGAAAAUGAAACUAAUAAAAGUUUGAAAGUUUGUUGCGGAAAUGCGUUUCCGCGAGCCUAUUCUUCUCACGCCUUCCGCCGAGUUCCCCAGCCACCUAUAUAAUAACAUCUGUUUCUGUUGCAUUCGAAUUCUCUCCGUCUCUUCCUCAUCCACACUAUUUGGCCUGGAAACUACUAGAGUAUAUGUUCUUUCUCCUUCCGACUUCUCGAUGAUAUAGGGCCGUGGUUGGCAGAUGCGAAGAAUUCGAAAUGCGCACUAAAAGGAUCAACGAAGGAGGCAAAGGGUGACAUAAUUGGCACGUUCUCGGCAUCGUUUGCCACCACCAUGGAAAUCAUAAUUAUAGACCGCCCGAGCCUCGCCCAUAUCAGCCUCUUUUCUCUUCAUUUGUAGUUGGGCUCUCGUAUAGUUUUGAGAAAUAAACAAGAAGUGGCCAGACCGCCCGGUUAGAAAGGAGUCGGAGCAUUGCAUUAGGAGCCGCCGCCUGCACUUUGAUGACGGUGCGCACUCGAGUAGAAAACAUUAGCCAUUUGAAAAUGACGGAUUUGUUGCGCUUUAAGGAGGAUUUGAUUUGAGCUGGAAACAAGAAGAAAGAAGAAAGAGAAGAAGUGGACGGGGAAGCGGAGCGCCAUAAAAAACAGUCGUUAAAAUGUUGACAGACGGAAAAGGAAUGGGUCGGUUGCGCAGGUGAGAGCCCGGUGAUUUGUGGAGCUCACGGGGAUGCUCGACGUUUAGGGACCACCAGGACCCUGCUCUUUUUAGUACCCCAGAGUGUACUAAUCUCUUCCUUCAAAAACGCCCUCCUUUUUCUUUUUCCUCUUCCUCGUCGCUUUUCUCUCGCUCCGCCAAACAAUCGAAUUAUGCGGAAAGCCGCGAGAAGCAUCAGCUGACAAUUAAUCAUUUUGCGGUCUCGUUUGACACUUUUUCCGCAGCAUUCUCAAGUGCUGCACACAUAUUGUAUAACGUGUAACAGGUGUCCGCGGACUCCGCUCGCAUUCGAUUAAUCACUCUCGAACUAGGUGCCGCACCGCCAUCAAUCAAGAAGAGAGAUUACCAAUAAGCUGCGCGCCACGCCACCCAAUUAAUUUGUCGUUGCAUCUUUUCAGGGUGGUGCCAUCUUCAUGUGCAUUCGGUUUUUUCAAAACCAACGGCAACGGGGGGAAUACGAACUGGAACACCGAUUCGAACGCGGUCCGUCUGGUCGCGUGCCGGUCGCUCAGGCAGCCCAUCAGAAGCUCAACAAGAAUCCCAUCACGUAGCGGUUAUGAGCCGAUCGGGGAGCCGACAGAAGAAGCGGAGGAGCAGGAGGAGGAGAAGGGCGGAAGAGAGGGAUCCGUCCCCUCGUUGGUCUCAGGUACGCUUUACAAUCGGGCACGAAUCUGCAUAGUGCAAAUGCUCCUGGAUAUUGAUGAUAAAGAACCGAUUUCAGGUCCCUCAACAUUCUUGCAUUUCACAGCGUCACCAGCUCCUUCAUACACCUUCAGAGACGAGAAUUCCUGUUCCGAUGGCGACAUUUCUGAAAACGAGGACCCCACUCUGACUCCUUCGAACUGGCGUAAUUCCUCCCCAACUCUGUCCGUUUCCACCCCCAUUCUUGCUCCCCGUCGGUCAUACUCAUUCUCUUCCAUUCCUACCAUCGAUCGAACGAUUAGCGAAGAUUCGAUGCUGGUUAUCAAGCGACUCUAG